AUGCCCCAGUUCUCCAAUCAGGUCAUCAGCCUUUCUAGUUCUAUAUAUCAGAAACGAACCGCUCCUGACCAGGGAGGCCUAUUGACUGGGAAGGAUCCCACGGAGUUUAACUCAUCUGACCCGUUGAGGCUAUGGAUCAUCCAAGUCGGCAUCAUCAUCAUUACAACCCAACUUCUCAGUCUUGUCCUGCGUAAGUUAAGACAGCCGAGAGUUAUCGCAGAGGUUCUUGGUGGCAUUCUGUUAGGUCCUACCGCAUUUGGACGCAUCCCUGGCUUCUCCGAACAUAUCUUCCCUCAAGCCUCGUUACCGUACCUGUCUCUCGUGGCUAAUAUCGGUCUAUGCCUUUUCCUGUUCCUUGUAGGGCUGGAGAUAGACACCGAGAUCGUCAAACGCAAUGCCCGACUUUCUUUCACAGUCGCUCUGGCGGGCAUCGUCAUUCCGUUUGGUCUCGGCGCGGGGCUUGCUGUUCCGCUCUACAAGCACUUCAUCGAUGCCUCGCAAGUCAAGUAUACGCAUUUCAUGCUAUUUACUGGAGUCGCCUAUUCGAUCACGGCUUUUCCGGUUCUCUGCCGUAUCUUGACAGAGCUCAAGCUGCUUGAUACCACCGUGGGUAUCGUGGUGUUGUCUGCUGGUGUCGGGAACGACAUCGUCGGCUGGGUGCUCCUGGCGCUGAGCGUUGCCCUCGUGAAUGCUGGAAGCGGCCUGACGGCACUGUGGAUCCUGAUGGUCUGUGUGGGUUGGACGCUCUUUCUCCUCUUCCCCGUGAAGAGAAUCUUCGCAUGGCUCGCCCGUCGGACUGGCUCUGUCGAAAAUGGACCGACGAUCUUCUUUAUGACUAUCACGAUCCUGAUGCUGUUUGGCUCAGCCUUUUUCACCGACGUCAUUGGCGUUCAUGCGAUUUUCGGUGCCUUUGUCGCAGGCUUGGUCGUUCCUCGUGAAGGUGGUUUAGCUAUUGCACUCACAGAGAAACUAGAGGAUAUGGUCUCGAUCAUAUUCCUCCCACUGUACUUCACCAUUUCUGGGCUGUCUACUGACCUGGGUCUUCUCGACACCGGCGUGAUAUGGGGCUUUACCGUGGCUAUAUGCGCUCUCGCAUAUAUUGGUAAGUUCGGAGGAUGCACACUUGCGGCUCGAUUUGCUGGUUUCAAAUGGCGCGAAGCAAGCACGAUCGGCGCGCUUAUGAGUUGCAAAGGGCUUAUCGAGCUAAUCGUUCUCAACGUCGGUCUUUCUGCGGGUAUCUUGACGCAGAGAGUCUUCUCCAUGUUCGUUCUAGAGGCCCUUCUCCUGACGUUCAUGACAACGCCGACCGUCACCUUCUUAUAUCCUCCGGAAUUGCGCACACGCGUGUCGACCACUGGCAUACCCUUUUCUAACGUUAUAGGUGAAGAGAGGGACGCCGAGACCCCUACUACUCCCGAGUUCCCCAGCGAUGACAAUUGGAAGAGGCGUUUCAUGAUUGUACUCGACAAGAUCGAGCAUCUGCCGGGCAUGAUGGCGCUCACGCAGCUAAUUCAACCCCCUCCACCUGAAUAUCCAGGAAAAUCCUCCAUCAACUCCUCGCAAGCACUUAGCGCUAUGAAGGCCGUUGCAGCUCAUCCUAGCGAUAUUCAAAUCGACGCAUUACGUUUAAUUGAACUAUCUGACCGCACUUCUGCUGUCAUGAAGUCCUCAGCUGCGGAUUCUCUGAUUCUCACCGACCCGCUUCUGGGCAUCUUCCGCACGUUCGGUGAACUCCACGAUUUGCCCGUCAAUUCUUCGCUUUCCAUCGUUCCCUACGACGCCCUCGCCGCGAGUGUUAUUGAACAUGCGCGCGCAAACGGCACGCAGCUCAUUCUCGUACCUUGGCUUCCACCUUCUGCACCUGCCGAUGCCGCGGCUGACUCCCCCACGACUCCUCGUAUAGGAGGCCACGACUGGAACCCGUUCGAGGUCCUCUUCCGCACCAACGGUGCUGAGCGCUCCGCCUCUGUCCUUCACUCGCACUUCAUCCGUGGCGUCUUUGCUCAAGCGCAGACCGACGUCGCGCUAUUUAUUGACCGCGGUCUCACGGCCGGCGCUCGUCAGCACCUAUUUCUCCCUUUCUUUGGCGGCCCCGAUGAUCGGCUCGCUUUGCAGUUUGUCGUGCAGCUCUGCUCGAGCUCCAGAAUCUGCGCAACGGUCAUCAAGGUCACGAAGAGGGAUAUCGAUCCAGAUGACAUCCCUGAGAGACCGGCGAGCGCGCAUGUCAACGGUGAGAAAGCGUACGACGAGGGAGAGGAAAACGCAAGGACGAAUGGGCUGACUAUCGCCUCGAUGACUGGCUUCCCCGAUACCGUCUACGGCAACGCAACGACCCAGACACGCAUGCAAUCCGAGACUGCAGACAGCAUCGUCUGGUCUCGCUACGCAUCGCGCUCAGCUCCCCAGACACAGGACACCAGACUCUCGUCCGCGCUCGCGCGCAUCGACUUCCAGGAGGUCCGGACGCCUUUGCCUCUCCACGCUAUGAUCCAGCACGCGAACCAAACUUUCGAUACGGCCGCGGUUGAGCGCACGAGACUGUUGAUCGUCGCCGGUCGCUCGCGGCGGCUCGCGGUCGAGAACCACCACGCGGAGCUGAAGGCGCUGAUGCAGGAGCACGGUGCGGUCGGUUCUGAGGUGAAGAAGACCGUGGGCGACGUCGCGACCGCCUUUGUGGUGUCGGGGUGCAAUGCGGGGUUGAUCGUCAUGCAGGCCUCCAGCACGUCUGUAGAUUGAGACAUGACGCUCGUCGUGUGUACGGACGGCCUCCGCACUUCCGAGUCUUUCUGCUUUUCAUCAUUUUUUCUCAUGUUACGACAUCCCUCACGAGCUGUUAUGUGCCCCCAUAUUCCCAUCCUCACAUCUGGAUACCCACCACCAUAUCAAUAUCCGUGCAUGAUACGUCGCCGUGUACGCCUCGCGCUGUUUACUGUGUAUCAUUAAUCUGCUGU